AUCUUAGUGUUUGGACGCACAGAAAGUAAUUUGAAAUUACAUGUUAGCUGAUUGACUUAACUUAAUCUUAUAGGAAAUGCAAUAACGUAGGCUCGUUUGAACGUGAAAUACUUCAAUUGAUCAUAAAGAACUAGAAGUUGUGUGUGUGAUAUCAAGAUGCAGAAAGACACAGACAGUGCUGUAAUCCAGGAAAAACUGAAAGAGUUGUAUCACUUGAUUCACCAGUGUCAGGAGGAGCGAAACAGGAGUGAACAUAACCUGACCAAUAUUGCUAAAACACAUGAACGAAUGCAGCAUGAGCAAAAGUUAUCUCCGUACUACAAGACCAAACUCAGAGGGUUGUACAACACGGCGAUGCAAGAUGCCGAGUGUGAAGCAGAACUCCUCAGAAAGGCUUUAGACGUCAUCGCCGAGGUCAGAACUAUUCGAAACGAGAGACGUCUGGCUGCAAAAAAAUCAGAGAGACCUAAAGAAACUAUCAGGAGAGGUGCUCUUAUGAAAAUGCUACAACAGAAUGCCUUAACUUUACCCCUGUGGAUACCAAAAGAUGAUGAAAAGCCCCCACCCCUCUGUGGUGCAGUUCCUGCAGAACCUAAUUAUGUAGCUAAGGCAGGAGAUAUGGUGGCAUCUUUGGUGAAAGGACCUGAUGGAGAUGAAAACUGGAUCUUGGCUGAAGUCAUUACUUACAACCACAAUACCAACAAAUAUGAAAUAGAUGAUAUCGAUGAAGAACAGAAAGAACGCCAUGUGUUGAGUCGGCGAAGAGUUGUUCCGCUUCCCCUCAUGCGGGCCAAUCCUGAAACUAACCCUGAUGCCCUUUUUCCAAAGGGAGCCUUGGUUAUGGCUCUUUAUCCACAGACUACUUGUUUUUAUCGAGCAGUGAUCCAUGAAAUCCCAGAAGCUGUCAAAGAAGACUACCAGGUUCUGUUUGAAGACUCCUCCUAUACCGAGGGCUAUUCUCCACCACUGAGUGUCGCUCAACGUUACGUCAUCUCAUGCAAAGAAAGCCGAAAAAAGUAGGCAACAACAACUUUACCGUAGUGAUCUGCAUAGGUGAAUUUUUCUCACGUCAGUAUAAAGUAGAAUGAGAAAUUAAUUUAUGUGUUCUCAAGUACAGUGAUAUUUCUCUCUCUUUUUGAAUUGAGUACAAAGUGUUGUAACUAUAAAUUUUGUAUAUAAGGUGGAUAUGUUUCACUUUUUAAGAUAUUUAAAGAUUUCUUUUAUAUGGAUACCAAGUACACAGCCGUCUAAAAAUUAAACUAAUUUACAAAUG